ACGUCUCUUCCUUUAUAUGGUCAACUCUGGUUCUCUGCUCCUCGUUCUUUUCAAAAGACAACGUUGCUCUGCUCCCACAAUAUGGCUUCUUCGAUCUCACAAGGUCUCGUGUUCACCACAGCCAUGCUCGUCUCCACCACUGUUCUUUACCUUGCAUUCUCGAGGCAAAAGACUUCCCCGCCAUUCCAAAUUUCCCGAAAUUCAAAUUCUCUCCACUCUAACAAAAAAAUUCUUCGCUCUUGCAUAUACUCAGAGGAGAAGAAACGGGAAAGGAAGAAGAAUAAGAAGAAAGUGAAAUUUGCAGAAAAUGUGAUGGUGAAGGAAGUAGAAAGAGUUAGUAACGAGAAAAACAGAGAAAAACAGGGGAGGCAAAACAGAGUAUCAUUAUCAAGCAACGAGUGCAGAAGUGAAAUUCCGAAAAAACAUGAAAUGCCAGCGAAUCGAAUUGCUCUGUAUAAUGGUAUUUUGAGGGAUCGGGUGCAUAGGAUGUCGUGCUGUCACUAAUCACCCUAUGCUUCUUCAUGUAGAUUCUGUUUUCCAAGUUGGAACAGGGGAUAGAUUUUUCCACUGUAACCUCUUUCAUCUUCCUUUCUUUUUUUAAUUUUUCAAUUUUAAUGUUACAGGCAACGAUCAUUUCUUCAUAAAAUCUGACAUAUAAGGCUAUUAAUAUUUGUACAUAUUUAUAAUUAAGACAGUGUAGUUUUUUUUU